GCCAGCUCUCUGGCUUUGCUAUCCCAGAAAACUGCAGGCAUGGGACUCCCCUGAGAAAUGGGAUGCGAAGGCAGGAGGUGGAGAGAGGCUUCCAGGUGACUUCUCCUCCUCCAGCAACGCCCGGUCACGGAGCUCCAGGAGGCAGAGGAAGAACCACCUGCCUCCUGUUGUGGCUGCCGCUGCCGGUCCUCUCCGGCCGCUGGCUCCGCUCGCCCCUCUGUUCAUCAGAUUACCGCUUCUUUGCAGCCUCUCUCACCCGCUCUUCUCUCGCAAGUGCCUGUCUCUCCUGAGAGGUGUCUCUCAUUUCUGCCUCUCUCUCCACCCCUUUCCACUGAUCACCGUGCAAUUCUCGUCAGCUCUGGGCAUCUCUUCCUCUCCCUUCCCUGUGCUGGGUGUCUCUACCUCCUCUCGGCUCUGUGCAUCGCUUCAUCCAUCCAUCCUCCCUCUCUCUACGCACUGGUGUGUGCGCGCAUCUCUCUCCUGCCGGCGGCUGCCAGCCCUCGCCCUGCAGCGCUGCCCGGAGCAGCCGCCGCCGCCGCCGCCCGGCCCUGCCCGGCCGCCGUGAGUCCCGCCUCAGCCCGCGUCCUCCGCCCGCCUCGGCACCAUGUCCGGCUCUGGCAGGAAAGACUUCGACGUGAAGCACAUCCUUCGCCUCCGCUGGAAACUGUUCAGCCACCCCUCGCCGGCGGGUGGCCCGGCGGGCGGGGGCUGCCUGCCGCCCGACAGCAGCUUCGAGCACUGGGGGCCCAGCCAGAGCCGCCUGCUGAAGAGCCAGGAGAGAGGAAACGGCGCCUUCUGGAAGAAAUCCGCCUCCUCCGCCUCCUCCUCGGCGGCCACCACCGCCAGCCCGCCCAACGGGACGUUGCUGCCCGCCGGCGGCCGGCCCCGGGGGGGGCACGGCCCGGGGCCUCCGCCGCCCCGCACCGUCUUCUACGUGGAGUCCCUGGAAGAAGAAGAAGAGGAGGCGGAGGCAGCUCCCGGCAGGAUGGAGGUCGCCCGGGAGCCCGAGAAGCCCCUGGCGCCGCCGGAGCAGAAGGAAGCGCCGAGGGGCUGCGCGGACGGCGGAGGCCCCGCAACAGGUGACGGAGGCGGGCACAGGCUGUCAGCAGUCAGCCAUCCCUUAUCCCCUCACUGCGACAUAGAUUCAAGUACCUCUGAGGAAUUCUACCAGGCUGUUCACCAUGCUGAGCAAACCUUCAGAAAAAUGGAGAGCUACCUGAAGCAACAGCAGCUCUGCGAUGUUAUCCUGAUUGCUGGGAAUCGCAAGAUACCUGCUCACAGACUUGUCCUCAGUUCUGUCUCUGACUACUUUGCUGCCAUGUUUACAAGCGAUGUUUGUGAAGCCAAGCAAGAAGAGAUCAAAAUGGAAGGCAUAGACCCCAAUGCAUUAUGGGAUCUUGUUCAGUUUGCAUAUACAGGCUGCCUGGAAUUGAAAGAAGACACUAUUGAAAAUCUUCUAGCAGCUGCCUGCCUCCUCCAGCUCCCACAAGUAGUAGAAGUUUGCUGCCAUUUUCUAAUGAAGCUUUUGCACCCAUCCAACUGUUUGGGAAUACGAGCUUUUGCUGAUGCACAAGGAUGCACAGAGCUUAUGAAGGUGGCUCACAACUACACUAUGGAGAAUAUAAUGGAAGUUAUAAGAAAUCAAGAAUUUUUACUUCUACCAGCUGAAGAACUCCACAAACUUCUUGCUAGUGAUGAUGUGAAUGUUCCUGAUGAAGAGACCAUUUUCCAUGCCUUAAUGAUGUGGGUGAAGUAUGAUAUGCAGAGGCGAUGCAGUGACCUCAGUAUGCUGCUUGCGUAUAUAAGAUUACCACUGCUUCCACCUCAGAUCUUGGCUGACCUAGAAAACCAUGCACUUUUUAAGGAUGACCUAGAAUGCCAGAAACUUAUUCUGGAAGCCAUGAAAUAUCACCUUUUACCAGAGAGAAGAACUCUCAUGCAAAGUCCAAGAACUAAACCUAGAAAAUCUACAGUUGGGACACUUUAUGCUGUUGGAGGAAUGGAUAACAACAAAGGCGCUACAACUAUUGAAAAGUAUGAUCUCAGAACAAAUAUAUGGAUCCAGGCUGGAGUGAUGAAUGGCAGGAGGCUUCAGUUUGGUGUUGCUGUCAUCGAUGACAAGCUGUUUGUCAUAGGAGGCCGUGAUGGUUUAAAGACAUUGAACACUGUUGAGUGUUACAAUCCAAAGACAAAGGCUUGGACUGUGUUACCACCAAUGUCAACACAUAGGCAUGGUUUAGGAGUUACAGUGCUUGAAGGGCCUAUUUAUGCAGUGGGCGGCCAUGAUGGUUGGAGCUAUUUGAAUACAGUUGAGAGAUGGGACCCUCAAAGUCAGCAGUGGACAUUUGUGGCAAGUAUGUCAAUUGCCAGAAGCACUGUUGGAGUAGCAGCAUUAAAUGGCAAAUUAUAUUCAGUUGGAGGUCGAGAUGGAAGCUCAUGUUUGAGUUCAAUGGAAUAUUAUGAUCCUCAUACAAAUAAGUGGAAUAUGUGUGCUCCAAUGUGUAAGAGAAGAGGAGGCGUAGGAGUGGCUACCUGUGAUGGCUUUCUUUAUGCAGUUGGAGGUCAUGAUGCUCCUGCUUCUAACCACUGCUCACGACUGCUGGACUAUGUAGAAAGGUAUGAUCCAAAAACUGAUACAUGGACAAUGGUGGCUCCACUGAGUAUGCCUAGAGAUGCUGUUGGUGUCUGUCUCCUUGGUGACAGGUUGUAUGCAGUAGGUGGAUACGAUGGGCAAACGUACCUGAACACUAUGGAAGCCUAUGACCCUCAAACUAAUGAAUGGACACAGAUGGCUUCCUUAAAUAUCGGAAGAGCUGGUGCCUGUGUUGUAGUCAUCAAGCAACCAUGACUUUGUCAGCACUGCUUAGGAUUUUACUGACUGUGAAAUGAUUAUUUUUCUAUCAAGACAAGAACAACUUCACAUGAACAUGGAUUUACACAAUGAAUAUUGUGUUGAUGACAAAUUUGAAGAAGCAUAAGAGUGAGAAAUAUGGAGGAUUUAUACCCAAUAAAAUCAUAAAAAUUAUUCGUUCUGUGAAGAAGAAAAAUGUGUAAGCAUUUAUAUGUAGGCAUUCAGUAAUACGUUCUGUACUGUUCUCUCAAAUGUGUUCCAGAGAAUUGGAUAAUUAAACGCAUCAAGGGACAGCUCUACAGAAGAAUCAGGAAGGAAUUCAAGAGCGGCUUUCAAGGCAUUAAGAGUUUUAACAGUGGAAACAUAAAAGUAUAUUUAAUGACUUUCAAAAUCUGUUUUUUUUUUUUUUUUUUAAGAGAAAAGUAUAUAAUACAAUUUUUCUAUUCAGGUCUUUUCUUCAAAUGGGUUAUGGCUUUCCCAUCUAGACUGGUAGUUAUUUUAAGGAAGACAAUUAGGUCUUACUGAAGUGCAGAAAAAGAAAAGUCUGGAUAUUCAGUUUUCAUUUGUAAUGAUUAAGCUCUUGCGCUACAGAAGAAAAGUAAGAAAAAAAAAUAAAAAGAAACCUCCAAGAUCAUAUUUUUGUUCAGAUUGUACCUACUUGCAUCUUAAAACAGAGUCUAUGAGGGAAAAACCUGAGUAUUCAAUCUAAUAAUACACAAAGCAAGUCUUUGGCUACAAUGAGGUCUUGUUGCAAAAGUGGGAAUCAAAAGGGCGAUUUCCUAAUUCUUUCUUAAUUUUGUAUUCACUUUAGGCAUGUGAGCUCUGAUCAUGUUGUUUAAUGCACCUUCUGUAUACUAAAAGCUCAUAAGCACAUGGAAAAUAGAUACUAUUUCUUCAUUACCUUCAGUAACAGAUGAACCAUAACCAGAAGAGACUAUAGAGCCACUUCUCAUUUGAAUUGACAAAUCCAAUAACAUUGCAAAAGGAAUAAAGCAAAACAAAACAAAACAAAACAAAAAAAACCCCUACAUUUUGUUUCUUUCUGUCACUCAUACCUACACAAUGCUGCCUGAUUAGUUUGACCAAUUUAUUACUUUCCACUUAGCUACAAAUAGGGAACUGGGAAUAUAUACAAGUGGAAUUAGGCAAAAUUAGACCAUUUUAUCUAAUAAUUUAUAUACUAAUAUCCUAUGUGCUUCCUGUCAGAGUUGAUUAUUUCUAGCAUCAGUGGUACACUCCGCUUUUGCCUUGACAGUAUGUUUGACAUUUAAAUUUUCAAUCUGCUCAGCUAAAUCCGUUAGAAUACUAAGGCCACUACUAGAAUAUGAAAUUCUGCUGUUCAGAGAGCCACAGGUUCUGGGAACAAAACUACCAAGUAUUUCUCUUCUUUAAACCCUUCCUCAUCGUUUAGGAAGCAUUUCUUGGUCAAAACACUGUAAUGUCAUUGUACUCUGUCGCUAGUAAUUUUGAGAAAGAAUCCUGGUUACAGUUAAAAGAGCUUUCCUAGUACAAACCAGUUAAGCUGGAAAAAGAUAUAGAAUUUCCUACUUUGUACAUCAAUGAAGAUUUAUCUAAUCCUUUUAAGAGCAUUAGCAUGCAUGGAGAUCUUUGCUUCCUGACACAAAAUGAACAUCAGUUCUGAAGUCUAAGUAUGCCACUUUAAUUCUUUUCUCUACUAAUAAGAAAUCAUCUGCAAAAUAUUUAAUGGUUUUUUUUUUUUUUUUUUUUGCAAUCUGUUAGCAUUUGAACUGCAAUUACAGUAUUUCUUCUGCAAACAAGCAUAUUUAUUUUUCUCCCACUGUAACACCUUGUUUAGUAACAGAUGUUACGGCUCUACACAUUUUGCUUCACAAAAAAAUAAGCUUUUGAGACCAAAUCAUGAAGGUUCUAGAAAUGUAAUUGCAAUUAAAUAUGACAUUAACAUGCAGUAGUCCUAUACAAAUACCUAAUAAAUUUUAAAAUGUAAUUUUAAUUCUAUUCCCAGAGAUACCUUUUGAUUAUAUUCAUACACAAUAUAAAUAUGUUUGCUCUAAUGCUGGCCUUCAAGAAAUAUUUUUUAUAAUUGAAGUCUAGCAGAUAUUACUUUUUUUUUUUUUUUUUCUCUGCUUUGAUCAUUUUUAUCUUUGGUUUAUUCUCAAUCUCUUUUUUAUUUUCAAUUUAACUUUAUUCUCCAAAUUUGGCUUUUAGGCGUUUUUUUUGUUUGUUUGUUUGUUUGUUUGUUGUGUGUGUGUGUGUGUGUGUGUGUGUGUGUUUUUAUGUCUGUAUCUUUUCUUCUGGACUUUUUCCUAAAAAGAAUGUAUGGAGCCAUUUUUAAUGAGAUUUUAAGUUUCCGUUGCCAUUGUGUUUACUCUACUCCUAUUAAAACAAUGAUAUUUUUAUCUGUGAAUUGAAAUGGAAUAAAUUUAAAUCAAAAUGAUAUAUAACUUAAAUCCUUGGUCCUAUGUUCAAUUCACAUCCCUUUCUUAUAUACAAGUGUUAAAAUUGCUUGUAAUAGUCUGCUGUGUGCUAAAUGGUAUUGCAGGUGCAGGAAAAAGCCAGAUUGUCUCAUCAUUGUCUAUCUAAACAUGAUACUUGGCUCUCAGAUAAAUCCCCUGAUUUUACAGUGUGAAAAGUAAAGCAGAAUAAAAUCUUCAACUAUUAACUUCAGUGAAAAUAUAGUUAAAUUGCUCAACCCCCCCCUUAAAAAAUUUAGUUUCAGAGUUUCUUACAAUAAAUAUCUGUUCCCCUUUUCUUACUCUUCUCCUCUCCCCACCUCCAGAUCAUUCUGAUGUUUUAGAGACUUUGGGCCAUUAAGGAUAUUUCUCCACUGAAGAAUUUCUGAUGAAAGCAUCAAGUGCAAUAGUACAAUAUACUGGUAGCCAUUUCCUUACCACUCUAUAAAAAGAAGUAGGCAUACAAGGCAUAACGAAUAAUGGCUUAUUUUUCUUUUUCAAAAUGAGUCUUCUUUGAUAUAUUGUCAGCAUUUUAAAAUUCAGUAUAUUUAAUAAUAAAUGUAAACUCUAAAAAUAUAAACACUUCUUAAUAGAGAGCUUUACAGAGCUGUAUUUUCAGACACGCAUAAUUCAUCAUUCUCCCAUUGCUGGCAUCCAGAUCUCUUACAGGUGUUCUUAGUCUCCAGUUUUUUUUGUUUGUUUGUUUGUUUGUUUGUUUGUUUGUUUCCAGUCCAAGGGACAUCUAAAGUUGCUUGAAUAAAAUAUCAAAGGCAAUAUUCACAACUCAUUUUGAAACUUCUGUAUGGUGUACACAAAUGAGAAAUCAGGAUCACAGAGUGUUCAUAGAGCACAUUUCCAUCCUUGAUAGAAAGUUUGAUUCAAGAUUAGUCUUUCUACCAUUUAUAGUAUCUUAUGCAAUCUGGAUGAUAUUUAUCAAAAUAUUAGAAGAGGUAAUACUGUGAGAAGGAUAAUAAAAUAGGAAAAAAAAAACCAACAACAAUAUCUAAGAAAUGUGAAAAGAAUAUUAGGAGAAUAGAUUUUUGUUUCUUGAAAGAAAACAAUCAUUGUUCCCAAUAGAAGCCAUUUGAUUUUAGGAAAAUAACUUCGCUACCAAUUUACUGGCUCAUAAAUUGAAAUAUUUGAAAGAAGUAAUUUCUUCUAUUUUUUUAUUUAUUUUUUAAAUAAAAUAGGAACUUCGUACAUCCAGUAAAAAAGAAAAAAAAAUAUUAGUUAUCCCAAAGUGAUACUAAAAAUCUCAAUAUUGAAAACGGUGGCUCAAAUAUAUCUUAGAAAUUAGCAACUAGUUACAUAAUUUAAAUCCUGAGAAUAUAGAAAUGUUGGAUGUUUUUGAAUUUGCUAUACCAAGCAGAUGUACAUAUGCUAGGUAAUAUGGGCUCAGUGCCAACUCAAAAGAGAAUCUAAAUAUUUAAAAGUAGUUUACAAAAUAUUUUUGUUUAAAAAUAGAUUAUCCAUGCAAUAAAUUUGUUCUAACUUAAAUUAGAAUGUAUAAAAUAUUCAGCAGAAUAAUUAUUCUUCAGCCUUAUACUCAAUCUGCUGUAAAGCUUUUCAAAUUGGCACAACCUUAUAUUUCUGUUCUAACUCCCCUGCAAUGAACAGGGCACCUACAGCUAAACCAGAUUGCUCAGAGCCUGGUCUAGCCUAACCAUGAAUGUAUCCAAGGACAAGGCUUCCACCACAUCUAUGGGAAACCUGUUCCCAUACCUCACCACUCUUAUUGUAAAGGCUUAUUUCUUAUAUCCAAACAGAAUCUUCCCUCUUUUAGUUUGAAACUACCUCCCCUUGUCGUAUAACCACAGACCCCGCUAAAGAGUCUGUCCUCUUCUUUCUCAUAGUCUCCAUUUAGAUACUGAAAGGCUGCGAUCAGGUCUCCCCAGAGCCUCCCCUUCUCUUCUCCAGGCUGAACAGCCUCAGCUCUCUCAGCCUGUCCUUAACAGGACAGUUUCAAACAUUGGAUCAUUUUUGUGGCCUCUCUCUGAGCACAUUUGAAAAGAUCUGUGUCUCUCUUGUACUGAUGACUCCUCAUAUGAACACAUUACUUGAUGUGAGAUCUCACCAGUGCAGAGCAGAGGGGCAGGAUCACCUCCCUUGACCUGCUGGGCAGGUCUUGAAGCUUAGUUGCUCAAAUUUUAAAAUAUUACCUUGAUUUUUCAGUAAGUGUCACAUAUAGUGAGCAUAAGUGUGAGAGCAAGUCAAUUAAUAUGUAUAGAUACUGGCAUGAUGUGGGUAUGUAUGGAAAAUGCUAACUUUCAGAAAUCCCUUUUACCAUGAAAAUUAGCUUUUGUUCUUUACUUCAGUUAGAAAUUUGUUCUGUAAGCAAGUCAUGACUAAAUCUGUCUUACUUUGCAGAGAUAUUUUUUAUAAAAAUAAUUUACUGUAGUUGCUACUACGUAAUAUAGUGUUCUUGAUUUUAUUUUUCUUUCUGAUGGUAAGAUCAUAGUAUCAUAGAAUCAUAGAAUGGCCUGGGUUGAAAAGGAUAAUAAUGAUCACCUAGUUUCAAACUCCUUGCUGUGUGCAGGGUUGCCAACCACUAGACCAGGCUGCCCACAGAGCCACAUCCAGCCUGGCCUUGAAUGCCCCCAGGGAUGGGGCAUCCACAACCUCCUUGGGCAACCUGUUCCAGUGUUUCACCACCCUCAGAGUGAAAAACUUCCUCCUAAUAUCUAACCUAAAUCUCCCCUGUCUUAGUUUAAAACCAUUCUCCCUUGUCUUAUCACUAUCCACACACAUAAACAGUCAUAAACAGAUAUCAGCACUUCUGUAGAGAUUUGGACAGCACACAGUAUUUCUCAGACUGAUUCAUCUCAUUCUAAAAGUAUAUUUAUCUCUGUUGACUGAAAAAAGAUUAUACAAUGUCUAGUUCAGAUACAGAUGUUCACACAGUAGACAUCUAAAAUAGCUUGGGAUGGAAGGGAGCUUAAAGACCAUCCAGUCCCAACCUCUCUGCCACAGGCAGGGCUGCCACUCACCAGAUCAGGCUGUCCAGGAGCAAUUAUCCAACUUGGCCCUGAACACCUCCAAGUUUGGGGCAUCCACAGCUUCUCUGGAUGGCUGGUUCCAGCACCACCCUCUGAGUAAAGAAUUUCCUCUUAACAUCUAAAAUAAAUGUCCCCUUUUUCAGUUUAAAAUUGUUCCCCUUUGUCCUUCAUGUCAGACUAUCCAAAAGGUAGCUUUUCAUCUUGUUUAUAAGCUCCCUUCAAAUACUGAAAGCCUGCAACAAGGUCUUCCUGAAGUCUUCUCCAGGCUAAGCAAGUCCAGAAGAAUACUUAGAAGGAACUGGUUACACAAACUCUUAUUUCAAAUAACUGUGACAGGAGUUCUAUUUAGCACAUAAAUACAAAAAUCAGCUGUAUAUAAACAAAUAUAUUUCUUAAUUAACCAACAAGGAGAAGUAUCAUUCAUUAAGUUGAAUCUGCAGCUCCUGGUUUCCUAAGAUUAUAGCUUAACAUAACGGAGGGCUAAGUCUUCCCUACAAGUUGAUGAGUUUAAGUAGGCACAAUGUGGUUAGCAGUAUAUCAUAAAUAUUAACUAAAUAUUAACCUUUCAGUGCUGACCCUGAGAAUGCAGCUGUUUGCAGGUGUAUUAUACAAAUUUUCCAUCAAAUUGAUCCAGUUAGAAGUCUGAACCUGAAAUGGAAAUCAUUAUCUUGGAAUGCUACAGUAUAAGUGUGUUUAGUGUGGUAGGGAACUACAGAGCAAAAUAAGGGUACAAUGAUUUGGAAUGUAUGAGAAUCAAUAUGUUAUAAAAUGUACAAAUACAGAUGUAAAUACAUUAAAUUAAGCUGUGCUGAGUUUUGCAAUAUUUGCAAGAAAUUUACUGAAUGUUAUGCUUUUACCGUGGUCUAUCAUAUCUCGAACAUGUGUGUACAGAAUGCAAUUGAAAAUAUAGAGCACAAUGUUAAAUUGUGGUAGCCAAGCUUUGUUUGACACAACUUGUUUUUAAGGAAUUUGAAUCCUGAAAUUGUCACUGUGCAAAAAUAAACAUGCUUGUUUUUA